GCCACACACCGCAAGAUGGCAACAGUGCCGGUGGAAGAUGCGGCGACCUCCAUCAAUUCUGACUAUUUCUACGGCGCUUCGGCGUCCAUGGAGCGCGAACCCCUGCUAGGAGCCUUCCGUAGGGGAAGCAGUAUCCAGACCAGUAUCGGUGGUCUGCGACAGGGUGACAGUCAUGAGGUGCAGGGGAAGGCCUCGUUUGGCAUGUCGGUCUUCAACCUCAUGAACGCCAUCUUAGGCAGUGGGAUUCUGGGACUGGCGUACGCCAUGUCGGAGAGUGGGGUGGUUCUAUUCACAAUCCUGAUGAUGAUGGUUGCUGUAACUGCCAGCUAUUCCAUCCAUCUCCUGCUCAGGAUGUGUGAGAUAUCAGGAGUGAAUUCAUAUGAGGAUGUCGGCUAUGCUGCGUUAAGAAGACCAGGAAAGUUUUUGGCGGCAGGAGCAAUUCUACUUACAAAUAUAGGAGGAAAACACAUGGGCGCAGACAUCUUGGGGAGGGCAUGA